CCUGCAGCAGUGAAGAGAAGCCAUGGAUGGAGGGGGGGAGCGUAACAGGGCUGUGGUGAUGUCUGUGGCCUCCUUUGACUACGGAGUACCCCUGGGAAAUAGGAAUGGAGCCAAGAGGGACGCUAAGAAGCUCCACAGCACUCUCAGCAAGCUGGGCUUUAAGGUAGACGUGCACAAUGAUCUGCGCAGCGAGGAGAUCUACGAGCUCUUCCUCCAAGAGAGCCGGCGGCCUGUGAAGGACUGCUUUCUGGCCGUCCUCUCGUCUCACGGGCAGGAAGGCUGCGUGUUCGGAGCUGACGGGAAGCCAGUUCGACUGUCUCGUAUCUUCAGAUACUUUGACAACGACUACAUGGAGAAAAAGACCAAACUGUUUUUGAUACAGGCGUGUCGAGGAGACGCUCUGGAUGAUGGAGUGCAGGUGGAUUCAGCUGAUGACCAGACAGAGAGCAACAGCUUCUCACAGUAUCUUUCUGUCCCAGUGGACACAGCUGUAAUGUACGCCACAGCACCAGGCUAUGGAGCAUUCAUGAGCCCCUUAGGCUCCAUCUUCCUCCAGACUUUCUGCUCUUUAUUAGAAGAGGAGGACCAUCAAAACCUGGAGCUGACUCGCCUAAUGACACGAAUCACCCACAGCAUAGCCUACAACUUCCAGGCUAAAGGUCAAAUGUUCAACGGGAAGAAAGAGAUGCCGUGCCUACUGACAAGACUGACAAGAGAAGUGUUUCCUUUUGCCGAGUCAGGGAAAGACAGCGGGGCCUCAGGAAUGUCAGCCACAUCACUGGUCGCCACCAAGAACGUCAGGACGCGGACUCCUUGUAUUGUUUAAACGUUGGAAUGCCAGCAUGUGUUACUAACUGUGCAGAAGGACGUUAUUAUUACCAGGAAUCUAGACACUUGAUAGACAGAUAACAAAAAA